AGGCAGCCGCUGCAGCUGCAGCCCGUCAGCGUUGCAUGAUACAAGCUCGAUUUCGUUGGUAUUUCUCGACUGUCGGUCGGACGGGAGCCCGCCAAGGAGCAGGUCUCGUUUCGAAGGUCCUGGAAAGAGUAGAAGCAAGAAAACCUGGCUCCGCAGUGGAACCAGCGCCCAACGAACAUUCCCAGCCGCCCCGUCGUGGCUCCGUGUGUUGUUAGUAACGUCACAGCACAACAGUGGCACUGGCACGGUUACGCUCUCCAAGUGGUUGCGUGAAUUUUCCUCCAGCAUCGAUCAAACUCCAUCCCAGCAGUAAUCGUGAGCUAUUCGGCCGGAGUGCAACCAGACGCCAGGUCCACGGCUGGAUCAACCUCGACGUGAACUAUUUGGAACUGGUCAUUCGCGGACUCGGUUCUGUCCUGUGAGUGCUCCAAGCAGUGACGUGGUAUCCGUGAUAAGACGCGAUUUGCGGCUUCCUGUCUACUCGUCUGAAUCGCGACGUCCCGAAAAUCGAUAUGGGACAUGUGAAAACCUAAUCGCAAUCAAGUUUUUUUCCCAAAACUGCGAGUCCUCCCAGUUCGCGCCCAUGCCAUUCGCAUCCGUUCAAUUCGGUCUCGUUCGGUCCCAGAAGUGGACAAAUCGAUAUCCAGAAAAGGAAAUUUAUUAAUAGAAUUCCAUAAAAAUUCCGGUCAGGUGGAGUGUGAAGUCCUCUUGCUUCUACGUUUCGUCAAUAUUUCGCCAUUUCGCGCAACAGUGCUGGGACAAUCAACAAAUUAACACAUCCAUAACACGAGUGAUUCCAUUGUAAAGUGGUGGCUCAUCACCUCUCGGAAGACCCCGAGAGGAGUGCAGUGCGUGUGUGAAUGCUUCCAAGGGUGAAACACCCUUGGGAAGAACGACAAAGGCGGCAGACAACAAUACAAAAACUACCUGAGAAACGGUCGGGCGGAAUGUAGUGAAGCCUGAGAAAUUCUCGAGUGGAUUAAAGGAGUUCGUUCUGUGACGCGUUACAGCAACAGGAGGAGGGGCGCAGUAACUCCAGCACUUAAUCGGAUUCCUCGCCAGCACAUUCAUUCACUAAUUAACCUACAGCUGCAUCCGGCAUUAAGGGCAAUAAAGAACGUCGUAAAUAAUUUAGGAAGAUUAGAGGAUUCAAUAUUAGUCAACAAUCAUGACCUUGUACUGGUGGACGCAUUGGUUUUGGAUAACAGUUUUCUCGAUCUUUCAUCUAUUGGACAGCACUCACUUUGUCGGGACAUAUCCAUUGAAUUCGCCCUACGGCAAUAAGGAUUACAGUAAAGAUGAACCAUUGACAUUCCCACUGGCAGCGCAGACCGAUGUCGAUGAUGUAUUCAGUACGGAUGAGAUGAUACUCAGCAGUAUUUUUCGAAACAGUAAAGUGAUUCGACAAAAGGACACUUUACAAAAAACAAGUAGCAGCAGUAGUGCCAAGAUAAAGGAUAAUAUUGUUAUGCCACCGCUACCGCCACCGAGUGCUCUUGGUGAAGCUCAACCACAGCAACAGAUGAAAUCAAAGAAUUAUACUGCUUCGACCGGAGUAGACGAUAAAAUCAAUAGGACCAAAGCAGUAGAUGUGAAUUUAGUUAAUAGUAGUAAUUCUAGUUUAAGCACACAUUCAUCGAUUGAGGUUACUCUGUUUGAAGCUGAUGGGGGAACUGAUUCUCCAGAACAUUUGCCAAAUCCGGUGAACACAAACGGUAAUAAUAGCAACACAACAAUCGACUACGAAAACAGCAAUAACAACAAUAACAGCGCCGAAUCAUCAGAGAGGCCGACCCACAGCAAAAGCAGGUUGUCCCCUAAUUCCUCCUCAUCAAUAGCGUCACCGUCCUCGUCCCAACCGUCAUCACCAUCAUCUUCACUAUUGUUGUCAUCAUCGGCUGCAUCCAUAGAUAUCGCAGACAAUUCCAAUCCAUUCCUAAAAUCUUUUCAUUUCGAGAACAUAACAAAAGAAGAGGAAAUCAUACGAGCGGAAAUUGCUCGACAACUGGACGGUGAACGGGCACGAAAAUCAAAAGUUUUAGCUGAAUAUCGACAAGAAUUGAAAUUUAAUUUUUCCGCCGAUUCGAAAAAUCUUCUGGCACGCUCAGCGGCCAUUUCCUUGGAUGAUUUCCAUCAGGAACAAGACGAAGGCAACAUAUCGUCGGAAGCACUUUCAAUACAGAGAGCUUACAUAUUGGACGCAGGAGCCAUAUCAGGGAUAUGUUUUGCAGUUGUCGGACUAUUUUCAGGAGUCGCAUUAGCUGGCAUAGUACUGUACCGUCGAAGAUACUUAAACAAGCCACAGGCUCUGAGUGAGCCUGACUCAAGUGGAUACAUUGAUGAUAGUACAAUACGAGAUAACUCUGACGAGAUGUACAGUUUGGAUAACGAUUCGUUCCUUAAUUCUCUGGAAGCAAUGACAAUACAAAACUAUUGGACGGACACAGUGAAACAUACAAAACUUUAACAAUACGUUUGUAGAUUGUCCUUUAUUUUGACAUAUUCAUAAUUUAAUUACUAAUAGAAUUAAUUAGACAAGUAUAAACCACUUACAGCUACCUGGCAAUCAAUGAAAUUAACUAUUUGCUAAUUUUUGUGAUAUUUAACAACUGUUUCUGUUUUUAUUUCCCUUUUUACACAUGCAAACUAUACAUCAAAUGUAUAUUUAUUUUAUUAAUUAUUAUUUUACUAAGUGUUGUUAUGAAGGAAACGUGAUACGGGAUUCGGAUAGUUGUAAUUUUACUUAACGAAAAAUCUUCCACAAAAAAUGUAAAUUAGUUUAUUGUUUGUGACACAUUUAUGAAUGCAACCCUCUACCUUUAAGAUUUCUAGAGUAUGAGUAGCGAGACCAGCAGGGUUUGAACUGCUGCAAACAUUCAAUUAUAACUUUAAAGGCGAUCAGGUUACUAAAAUGAAUUUCAGAUGCGUUUUGCCAAGAAGUCAUUAGGGCGCACGCCUUCAACUGUAUAAAUUACCGAGUCAUCUUAAAUAAACGAUAAUAUCCUGGAAAACAACUUCAAAAUUCAAAUUCCGACACACCCAUGAUAUUAGAUUUGAUUUCCUACAUCAAUACUUAUUGUCAUUUCCUUACUUUUAAGUGCUCCAGUUCGCUUUUCUGCUUUUGACUCCAUUGAAAAAACGCAUCUAGCACUUAAGCAGUUUUUAUGCAGAUUUUAAAGUUUUAGGCUACAUAUGCACUUUGUAGUAGAUAACGCAAGAAAAGACAACCGCAAUUCUCCCAGCGUAUUUAUUGAACUUCGUUAGAAUGUUUUAAGUAUGAAUUCUGAGCUGUUUAGUUAUAUCAUAAGAACAGUUAAUGAGAUAGUCGUUAUUUGCCGCCAGAAAACCAAUGCAGAUUGCGAUAAUGCAUUUGCUUCGAUAGAGACGGGUAAGAAAGAAUAUGCGUUUGUAACAAAAAAAUGGCGCAACCAAACGACUUAUAGCAAGUUAACUUAUUGCUAAGAAAUGCGUUCAGCAACCACCUGCAGAUAUCAUAAAUUAAAACGGAGAAUUUAAGAAAUUACGUCCAUUUCGUAGUGAACAGAGCAUAGCCUAAAUCUCAUCUCUCAAGACGACAGAACCUUACACCGAUGUAAAUGUAAAAAAAUUACGGAAAUAAAUAUCAUUCAAUCAUUUAAA